AUGGAGUCCUUCAGAGAGUUCGUCGCCAAUCAGGUCCUGGUCAAAUCUGACGAGGACCCUGCAGAGACAACUGAAUAUGCUUCCACCAACGGUACGGACGGGCAGGGUAGCGAACACAAGACGCCCUCGCAGGACGUUGAGAUUGGGAGUGACCUUCCUCGAGCUUUGGAAGUCAGCAAGUCCGAUUCUGAUGAGACUGAGAAGACAGUUCCUCAGAAGUAUCCUCAGCUAUCAAAUAACCCCCCAGAGUCACCGCCCCUGGCACCAGGCCAGAGGGAGGUUGAAGACGACGAGGACGAAUUCGAUUUGUCCAAGUCUUUCCACCGCACAGCAAGUCCUUCCCCAACAGCACUGCAGCGCAACAGGGGUGCGUUGGUCAGCAAAGUGGGAGAUGAAGGCGUCAGCAAAAUGCACAAAUUUACUCUCCACGAAACCGCCAACUAUUACUACAUUGUUGGUUCGGACCUGUUGGACUCCGCCUUCCGGAUACUGAAGAUCGAUCGGACAUCGGAACCUGGCGAGCUCAAUAUCACAGAGGAUGAUAUUGUCUACACCAAAAAAGAAACCCAGCAGAUUCUCAAUGCCAUAGAUGAGGGCAACCGAGCCACUGGCGGGCUGAAAAUCAAAACCAGCUUCUGGGGUCUGCUGGGUUUCAUCCGCUUCACAGCCCAAUAUUACAUGUUGUAUGUGACCAAAAGGAGUCAAGUUGCCAUGAUUGGUGGUCAUUACAUAUAUCAAAUUGACAAGACCGAACUCAUGCCUUUGGUGACGGCGGCAUCCACACGAACAAAGUCUGAUCGACACCUCGAAGAAACGCGAUUCAUCGGUAUCCUAAACAAUCUCGAUCUUACCAGGUCCUUCUAUUUUAGCUAUUCCUACGAUGUCACUCGAACGUUGCAGCACAAUAUCAUGCGAGUACGGCAAGCGCUCCACGAAGGACUCACGGAGCCCCACAAGCCAGAUCAUAAUGAUAUGUUUGUCUGGAACCAUCAUCUUUUGCAGCCCGCCAAAGAAGUACUCAAGAACCCAUACGACUGGUGUUUGUCAGUCGUACAUGGUUAUGUCGACCAGAGUGCACUGUCAGUAUACUGGGGUAGGGUGGUCUACGUGACAAUCAUCGCCCGUCGAUCGAGGUUCUUCGCCGGUGCCAGAUUUCUGAAACGAGGCGCCAACGACCUUGGAUACGUGGCCAACGAUGUGGAAACUGAACAGAUCGUUUCAGAAAUGCUGACGACUUCGUUUCAUGCUCCUGGCCCGGUACUGUUCGCCAACAACAAGUACACUUCAUAUGUGCAACAUCGUGGCAGCAUUCCUUUAUAUUGGACUCAAGACAGUACAGGUGUCUCACCAAAACCUGAUAUCCAUCUCAACGUGGUGGACCCGUUCUUCAGCGCCGCUGCUCUUCACUUCGACAACCUCUUCAAGCGGUACGGAACGCCCAUCUACGUGCUCAACCUGAUUAAGGCGCGGGAGCGCACUCCGAGAGAGUCUAAGCUUUUGAAAGAGUAUACUCUCGCUGUCAACUACCUCAACCAAUUCUUACCCAAAGACAAACAGAUUCUGUAUCAUGCAUGGGAUAUGAGCCGAGCAUCGAAAAGUCGAGAUCAAGAUGUCAUCGGCAGCCUUGAGGCGAUAGCGGAAGAUAUUCUCCCUAAGACAGGCUUCUUCCAGAAUGGCAAUGAUGAGGAAUCAGGCCUCAGACUCCAAAGCGGUGUAGCGAGAACCAAUUGCAUUGACUGCCUCGACCGUACCAACGCCGCACAAUUUGUCAUUGCAAAGAAGGCCUUUGGCUAUCAACUCCAAGCUCUAGGGGUGAUUGAGCAUCCAUCGGUCGAGUACGACUCUGAUGCCGUGAAUCUGUUCACGCAUAUGUGGCACGACCAUGGCGACACUAUAGCAGUACAAUACGGAGGCUCGCAUUUGGUCAAUACAAUGGCCACGUACCGCAAGAUCAAUCAAUGGACGAGCCAUUCGCGUGACAUGGUCGAGAGUUUCAAGCGAUACUACAACAACUCAUUCAUGGACGCACAGCGGCAAGAAGCGUACAACCUCUUCCUCGGAAACUACGUCUUCGCCCAGGGCCAGCCCAUGCUUUGGGAUCUCACCACGGACUACUACUUGCACCACUCCGACCCGCGCUCCAUGUUUGGCAAACGGAGACCGAGCUAUCGCCAUUGGUACACGGACGAAUACCUCGAGUCACCGCAGAUGCCACCAUCACUUUGGCCGCGCGAACUGCGCGACCGACCGUUGGCAUAUUUUGAUGACUAUUGGGUCGAAUACUACCGCCCUUUAGCCAUUUCUUCGUUCCGAAAGCUCUUUUCCUUCAAAAUGCGAUCGAAUCUACAAUAUAUCCCGAUCAGCUCGACGUCCGCCGGGAAAUACGAUCUCAGCCCGUUUAGGGUGCGGACGGCGAAUGACAGCGACGGUGAAGGACAUGACAAAGGGCACGGGAAUCGGAAGGGCGUGAAGAUAGUUGCACCGUCGGACGAUACUACCUCCACCAUCGGAGGAGGCACGACGUUCUCGUCCGCCGACGGACGUUUGAACUCGGCCACUACACCAGCAAUUGAGCCGACUCCGAAACCCAACACCUUGGGACCUUGGCUCGAUGCCCAGCAUCAACUUCACAACGCCAUGAGACGCCGCCAAUACACGGGGAUAAUCAAGGAACCCUCCUUCGAGGUCCAGUCAACCUCGGUGCCCAAAAUUCCAAGACUGCCGACUGCCACUCCGAGUGACCUGACCAACAGCUCCCUACUACUGGGCCCUCCUACAAAGGCCGAACUUGCCCUGCAAGCCUUCACCUCCCUGAUAGAAAACUCUCUCAAUCCGCAAGUCCGCCAGUUGGACGAGUAUCAGCGCUACGUCGCACACCCGUCAACCAUCCCAUUGGUGGUGUCCAGCGACAUAGACUACUCGUCGGCGCCGCUCGAGUUCCUCGAGUACUUGUCAAAGACCACCUCCGACCCCGCCGACCACAAAGUGCUCAGACAUUUCGAUGACGAGCGCGGUGCGGUGACGUUGACGAUGGAGGAGAGGGCGGAAGCCAGUCUUGAUGAGUAUUUGGAGUUCGUGGCGAGCGGCCAGGUGGAAGAUCCGCUGACUGUGAUGGAAGAGGACGGCGGGAAGAAGAGGUAUAAGGCGUACAGGAAGUGGUUGAGGGGCAAGAGUUUGUUCAAGCAGAGGCCCGUGGUCGGGGACGAGAUGGAAGGAAAUGCGGAUGGGCCGGUUGUCGGGUAG